CUCGCACGUUAUGGAUGUUCUGCACAUCCCACCCUCGGAAGAGGAAGAGGAGGCUAUGGAGGUGGAAAGCGAAGGAAAUGGGGAGCAGGGAGAGGGGGGAAAGGAAGCCUCAUCUCCGAUGGGUUCCUCCACAGACGAGGAAACGGACGAGGACUCCGAACCGGAGCCCCCACAGGUCACCCGGAGGAAGGUGUCCUUCGCAGAUGCGUUCGGCCUAAACCUGGUGUCGGUCAAGGAGUUCGACAACCCUGAGGUGGCGGUGGAGUUGGAAGUCAAUCGGCCCACCAAGAACGAGGCCACCCGUCCCCCGGUGGAGUUCUACGUGUCCUGUCUGUUUGCAGUUCCCUCAACCCCAGAGGAGCUGGACCAGAGGCUGCAGGAGCAGAUGGUUGAGCUCGAAAGCAUCGAGCUCCUGCCGGGAACCACCACGCUCCGCGGCACCGUCAGGGUGGUCAACCUCUGCUACCAUAAAUCCGUCUAUGCCCGGAUGUCCCUGGACCGCUGGACCAGCUACUUUGACCUGUCAGCGGAGUACGUGCCCGGAUCUAGCGAUUGGAAAACCGACAGGUUCACCUUCCGGCACACUCUGGUGCCUCCUUUCGAACGAGAGGGGACCCGAGUGGAGCUGUGUCUGCGCUAUGAGACUUCAGUGGGCACCUUUUGGGCUAAUUGCAAGGAGAUGAACUAUGUGCUGUACUGCCACCAGAAGCGACACGUGAAGGAGCAUGAGGUGCAGGUCCAGGAGGAGAGCAUCGGCUGCCAGGGCAAGAGGAGCUGUCUCAAAGCCAACAGGAGGGGAUGUGCAGAGGAAAAGACCAGGAAGAGCAGUAAAAGAUCAACAGCUGUUGCAGACGCCACACUUACAGCAGAGGAGGCUGACAGGGGGAGCAGCUCGGAUGUACAGCCCUCGCUUUGCUGGGAGGGACACAAACCUUUGGUGGAAAGCAUAAAAAGCAGAAACAGAGCAGAGCGAAUGGCACGUGUGCAGGGCUACCUCUCCCAAAGGGGGCAGCCAGCAUCAAAGGCUCACUCCCAGGACUCAGCCAAUGGCCAGAAGGCUUCUCAGCCUUUGUCAACUCUGUGGGGCCGCUCCCCAGGCUUCGCUCACAAACACCACAAGAAACACUCCGUAGAGAGUCCACAGGUGCUCACCUACCACCAGAUCCCUCUGCUCACACUGGACUGGAACAAUGACAAAGCCCGUAAGUCGGGGGCUGCUGACAUGGCGGGUGACAUCUACACUGCAAGAGCUAAAAUGAACUCGUCACAAACGCCACAGGAAAAAAUAGCGGACACACCUCCCGCCAGUGAUACGUGGGGGACCUUUAGCAACGGUGCAGAUGAUACCACUGAUAAAAAAAGCUCUGUGUGCAAUGCGUGGCAGGCGUCUGUUAACGGGCUGAGCUGCACGGAGCGUUCGGGUGUUCCGGAGUCGGAGUGGCUGCAGACAGCAGCGUCGGUGUCUCCCUCAAAUGAAGAGGAGCCCAACGCCCGACGUGUAGCGAGCAGUCCGGAGCAUGAAUGUCAGGCGGGCACAGAGGCCCACACCCCAGAAUCAUGUCAGCCGCUGUCGGAUGCUCGCCAAACAGCGUUGGCCCAGGGCGCCGUGGACGCCGAAGACAUGACCACAGAGUCUCAGAAUGCCGCCGCGGCGGAUAAGAUCUCGCGGGGAGCGCGGGCGGAUGAGGGUUAUUCUCCGCGCAGGGACGGGGAGGUCAGAGGUGCCGCACACAAUGCGAUGGAUAACACCGUGGCAUUUAGGGGGACAAUCCGAAGGGAGACGAGGGAUGGGGGGAGGUUUGUCUUCUCCGCGUCCAGGCAGGGAACGGAGGAAAGGAGUAUGGAAAGCAGAGGAGCUGCCGAUGAGGAGAUAUCUAGGCCGCGGAAAACAGUGGAGUGCAACAUCUCCCAGAGGUGUGCAGAUGAAGAGCAACGAGAGGAAGAUCCAUUGCAGGCAAAUGAGAGUGAUAGAAAUGAGGUAAGACCUGCAAAGACAAAUGCAGAUGAAUCCAAUUCCAGCCAAACGUAUGUCAGGCAAAGCCAAAACAUGGCAGCUGAAUUCAAAUGGGAGGAAUCAGAGAGGGAGGAUGUUGCGUCAAAUAACAAAGACUUUGGAGUAUCCAAACAGACAGAGGUGGAACCUUGCUCUUGUACAGCAAUCAAUGAAAUAAAUACACUAACUGGUGUAGAAGAGGGAAUUAUUCAGGUGUUAAAUGAGGACCAUCAUGACAAAGCGUUAAAACACAAUUCAUCAUGGAAGACGGGAAACCCGUCAAUAAUAUCGGGAGUACAUAAUAAACAGACGGGGUCGAUCAAAGCAGGGGAACAGGAGAGCAUCGAUCAAUCAGAGGACUCAACCGUGACUCCAGUGCAGGGAAAUGCAGUGGAAUCUGAAACAGAAGAAGACGCUUUAGUCUCAAAUCAGACCGAGGAAGGAAAAGGUUUAAGUGAUCGGGGAAUAAUUGCAAAGCAACUGAGAAUAACAGCGGAAUCAAGGGAAAUUAAAAAGGUCUUUCAAGGUGACCAUGAUGCAUUCAGACAUUCUCUAACAGACAAAUGCAGCCAAAAGCCUGUGGAGGUGGCACAAAUGAGAUGGACUCAUUCCCAGGACGAUACGAAGGGUCCCAGCCAGGAUGGAGGCCGUGAAACAACCCCGGAAGAAGUGAAUUCGAAGAAAGACACUUCAGCGGAGCUUGAACACCAACCUGAGACAUUAAAAAGAAGAAAAGGAGAUAUGACCCGGAGAGACGGGGAUGAUAGCGUGAGUAUUGGAAAGCUGGAAAUAGAAGUACCGGGGGAGUUGAUGGGAAAUGCGGAGAUUGCUCGGGGGGAGACGGAGAAUGCGGCGGCUGAAUUGAAAGAACAUGAGAUGUCAGCAGAAGUUGAGAGCUCUUCACGUGUUGAAUAUAAAAAAUUGUCAGUGGGAACAAAAGACCCCAUUACAGCCGAAAGUGCUACGGCCCUCGAGGCGAGAGACUCUGGACGGGAGGAGGUGUUCAUGGAGAGAUUCGGAGACGAUUUGGUCAGGAGGAUUUGGGAGGAGGUGUUCCGUCGGUACGAACGGCCCGCUAGUAAAGACACAGACAUUGUUGAUGGGGCGGGGGGGGCGCUGGCCGAUGCACCCGAUAUUGCACAAGAUUGCCGUCCUCCGUCUGAGGAAGACUUCAACGAUGCAUUUGAGUCAGGCGCUCUUUCCUCAACCCAUCUGCCAACGGAUCAAAACGUAAGCGCCUGUCAAGGCCUACAGACGACUUCGGCCGCUAAGGGAACGGCACGCCCCCCUAAAGAGACGCGCCGGUCACUCGCCACAACGGCGGAGCAGACUCACUUUCUCUCAGCACCUCAGACAGAUUUGAAUUCGAGAGGCAACCUCGGUCGAGAUUUCGCCCCCGUUUUGGCUGCUCAGUCAUUGAGCGAAUCAGCCGGAGGCUCUCCGAGGGAUCGGGAGAGCUGCACUCGAGUCAAGGAGGAAACAGUGAGACCGAAAGAAGACCCGUUGGUCCCCAACCGGGAGGGUUGGAGGCCGUCGGGCCGCACGUCUCACAAACGUCCGAGCGGCGCCGGCGACGCGUCGAGAGAGCCCAGUGGCGUUCCGUGGAGGAGCGUGUUCAGCGCCCUCGGCCAAUUCACCAGACUUGUGAUCUGCAUCCUCCUGGUCGCCGGGUUCUCCCUCGUGGUUUUCCUGUCGGAUUUCCAAGCGCUCUUGGCGCUCUACGCAGUUUCGUCGUGCUGGUGGUUUUAUGAGUGGAAGCUACAUCGAGUGACGAAAGGCAAAGGGGUGGCGGGGUAGGCAGAGGGUCUAGAGAGAGGGCGGAAUCCGCUGCGGGAAGCUUUUUUUUUUUUAAAGUCAGCGCUUCACUCAGCCCUCAGCCGUCGUACAUCGACUUUCUGUUCGUUUGGGCCGGCGCGCCAUUGUGAAAAUGAUUGGAAGCUACAGAAAUGCAGUCAAACUAAAUUAUACCCGCAGCACGAGUGUGUGUUUGGUUUGGUGUUUUUUUUUUCCGGUUCUGGUGGUUCCAGCAUUUCUUUACUAGUGACCCCAAACCUCCUGCUUGUGACCCAUUGUCACUUGUUGAAAGUCUACAGAUUAUUGCCAGUUCAUCCAAAGAAAGAUUUUCUUCUUUUAAACAAUAAGAGGAAAACACACUUUGAUGUUGUUAUUUGUACAUCAUGUACAUCUUGGCCCUUUGAAUAUUACUUGCGUCGCAUCAUGGUGAUUGGUCCCAACCAAUCAACAAGAAAACAUUUAUUUUAAAGAAAGCUUGAAUUAAUUUGAUCGACUCAACAUUAAAAUUAAAAUAAUAGAUUUACUUUCUGUUGAAUGUGUACUUAAUGCUCUUUUAUUGUUAUAAUUAUAUCUAUGAUGUGUGUAUAUUUGCAGUGUUUUAUGGGCCCAAUAUCACUUUAUGCACCAAAUGGAAAGAAGUGAGUACGUGUUGAUUAUUAUAGGCAAAGGGUGUCUGCAAUAGUGGCAUCGGAGAUGUAUAAUGUUUAUAUUUCCUUGCUUUUCGUCAUUAAAAAAAACCUUGAAACA